UGUUGCGGUCGGGACGGGUAGAAGUUCAUGACCAGUGACGACGGUGUGGCGAUUGGCAAACGCGGUCACAUGAUCGUGUCGCCCAAGCGCGAAUCGGCGAUCGCUCGCGCCCCCGAUCACAUCUCUAGAUCUCGGCGAACUGGUCACGACAACCAUCUCCUUCAGCUCACGGUCAACUUUGUCUGUGUUGUACUCCCCAUCUUGAACAAGCUCAUGGCAUUGCAUGCUGCGACUUUGACUUGAUUUGUAGACGAACGCUGUGUAGCGUCUUGACUGGCCUGGGGUGCCAGUAUAAUGAUGGAAAUGUUUCGACUCCGAGUCCGGCGCAGUAGCGAUCGAGCGUGUCGCUGAACUCUAGGCGUGUCACUGUGUCGGACGCAAUGCCCGCCUUCCUUCCACCAUCCCCUCCUACUCACCAUGCCCGACUGGUCCAAAGAACUUCCCCAGCCUCCCUGGUCCAAAUCGCACGAAGUCAAACUUCAAUCGACGCAUAUCUAUGAGGGCAUGUGCAAGGGCGACAAGGGAACGGAUACGGUGACCGGUCAUGUCCCCCUUCACUUAGUAGAACGGCAUGGAGAGGUCGGCAGACGUGCGGGCACGUAUGGCGUACACAUCGAAGAGGACGAGCAAUACGUCGAGCUCGUGGGCGAGGCUGAUGGGGAUUGGAGGGAGGCUCUGACCGAAGGCAGAAAGGUCAUCAGCGUGCGCGACGUAAAGAAAGCGUCGAAGAACUUCAAGGUUAUGCAUCCCCGGGCUCACGCUUUUGCUCGCUACGUCCUGCCUGUCGCCGAAUCCGUGAUCAAGGAGCAAGAAUGGCCGGGCAAGAAGAAACCGGAGGAGAAACCGCCUUCGCCUUCCGGGUCCGCGUCCUCUAUCUCCUCCGGCACCACGCCCUCCGACUCAGGCUCGGGUUCAUCCUCUGACCAGAGCUCAGGCACGGAAGACAAGAGCGAAAAGAGUGCGGCCAAAGGACAUGCGGGCAAGUCAGAAAGCAAGGAGAAAGACGAAGCGGAUGACAAGCUACAUGGGCCCAAGCUGACGGACGAGCAGCAGAAGUUUCUCGAGAAGCUUAUCGAGGAGAUGCGCACGCUCGACUCGUUAAAGAACAACCCUGGCGAGCCGAAGGGGGAAUUGAAGCUGCUUGAUGGCGACGCCCUCGACCAGCUGGAGAGCCGGCUGAGCAUUGACGAUCAAAUGACCCCGGACUCGUGGAUCCCUCGCUCCGUGGAGCUGAUCCGUCUCACAGGAAAGCAUCCCAUGAAUGCUGAGGUCCAUCCAUUGCGGCUGUUCGAAGCGGGGAUGAUCACGCCCACGAAGUUGCACUAUGUCCGCAGUCAUGGCGCCGUCCCACAGCUCAGCUGGGAGACGCACAAGCUCAAGGUCUACGCCGAUCCACCCCAGCUGAUCUCGAAGGCGAAGCAUUGGACGAUGGACGAGCUUGCUGAUGGCGACUUCAGAGUGAUUGAGAUACCGGUGACAUUCGGUUGUGACGGGAAUCGUCGCAAGGAAUUGAACAUGAUAAAGCGGACAACCGGAUUCAACUUCACUUCUGCGGGCGUGUCGACUUGUUUGUGGCGAGGUGUUCUAAUGCGCGACGUGCUCUUGGCCAGUGGCCUACAAGACCAGCCGGAGGAUGAGCGAUGGUACCUGAACUUCGAGGGCGUAGACGAACCAUCGGAAGGCCCGUAUGCGACGUCGAUCCCGCUGCUGCAUGCGAUGAACCCUGCGAACGAUGUCAUGUUGGUGUUCGGGCAGAAUGGGAGGGUGUUGCACCCGGAUCAUGGCUAUCCGCUGCGGACCAUUAUACCAGGCUUCGUCGGCGGUCGGCAGGUGAAGUGGCUCAAGAAGCUCUGGGUGACCAAAGAGCCGAAUAGAUCGUACUACCACAUAUGGGACAACCGCGUCGUGCCGAGUUUCAUUGGCUCAAAGGAACACCCGCUCGCCACGGCCUUCUUCCAUCACGAGGAUACUGCGUGCUACGACCAAUGUUUGCAAUCGGCGAUCUGCAAGCCCGCACAUGACGAACGAAUCCAGCUAUCCGACAAGAACGCACUUGAAGGGACGUACACAGUCGAAGGCUAUGCAUUCAGCAACGGCGACCGCAUCGAGCGGGUCGAGCUCAGCCUCGACGGCGGGAAGACGUGGAGGUGGUGCUUCAAGCACUUCCUGAAGGAGCCGCUCAGGCAUGGUGUGAAGUUUUGGGCAUGGAUAUUCUGGUCGUGUGAGGUGAAGCUGCAGGAAAUGGUCAACGCGCAGGAGAUCAUCGUGCGUGCUUGCGAUAGUAGGAAGAAUUACCAGCCUUCGGAGAUUUCGUGGAACUUGAUGGGCAUGAUGAACAACUCGUGGUAUCGCGUUCGCCCGACGAUCGAAGCAGAUACCCAGAAUAGUCUCCCCACCGUUCGGUUCCUGCACCCAGUCGCCCCCGGUAAUGGCGACGGCGGGUGGAUGAAGCCCGCCGAGGAGAUGAAGAGCGAUGACAAGGACAAGCCAGAGAAGACGUUCUCGCUCGAGGAGAUCGCGAAGCAUAAUAAUAAGGACGAUGCAUGGAUCAUCUUGGACAAUAAAGUGUAUGAUGUGACCUCUGUGCUGUCGUGGCACCCUGGUGGCGCCAACGCGAUCUUGGCUUACGCCGGGAAGGCUACCGUGGACGUUACGAACGAGUACAAAGGCAUUCACGAUUCAUAUGCAAACAGCAAGAAGGAUGAAUGUUUGAUUGGCGCGCUUUCGGAGGAAGGUAUCAAGGCAAUGGAGGAAGAUGCGAAGCGGGCGGCGAAGGAAUUGGCCAAGGUCAAGGAAGAGCGCAAGGGACUCGCCCUCCAGCCUGACGUCUUCACUCGCGCCAAACUGGUCAAGCGCAAGGAAGUCUCCUCAGAUACGCGGCUGUACAUAUUUGAGUUGCCGCGCAAAGAGGACGGGAGCCCCGGUGUGCUCGGAUUGCCUGUUGGCCAACACGUCCAGAUCGCAGUGCACUUCCAGGACCAGGCAGUGAUGCGUAGCUAUACCCCGGUUCAUCCCGUUCUCCCACAUGAGGAAGACGGGACGAUUCAUUUGCUGGUGAAGACUUACAUGCCGUCGGAGGGUGGCCCGUUCCCUCCCGGUGGUACCGUGUCUAACUAUCUGGACUGCAUGGAUGAUGGCGAGGAAAUUGACAUACGAGGACCGUCUGGUGGGAUUAAGUAUUUAGGACGCGGCAAGUUUGAGAUCGACGGCGAGGAGCGUCACUUUGACAAGGUCAAUCUCGUCACGGGAGGAAGUGGCCUGACGCCCCACUGGCAGCUCAUCCAUGCGAUCAUGUCCGAUGACUCUGACAAUACCCUCGUCUCGCUGAUCGACAGUAACAGGACGUACGACGAUAUUCUGAUGCGGGACGAACUCCAGAAGUACGCCGACGAGAAACCGGACAAGUUCAAACUCUGGCACGUCUUGUCUAGUCCUCCGAAGGAUAGGGAGUGGAAGUAUUCUGAAGGUAGACUGGACCAGAAGAUGAUGGAGCAACACUUCUACCCCGCUGAGGAUGGCGUAGUUACGCUCCUUUGUGGACCGCCAGCGAUGAUUGAGAAGGCGGCACUUCCGGGGCUGCAGGAGAUGGGCUUUGAGGACGGAAAGACUGUCUUUGGGUACUGAGUCCAACUUAAGGUCCGUGCCAGUGGUCCGUGGAUACGGUCGAGGUUGUGGUCCCGCCAAUAUGAACUGAUAUCGUGUAUUGGACCGCGACGAGUCCGACAAGAAUGGAUAUGCAGUGACAGUUUAUGUAAAUCCUCCUCUUUUCUUCGAGCCACCUCCGAGCCUUUUACUUCCGCUACAGUACUGUAUGCUGGCAAGUCUCGAUCGACCGUAUCUCUCCAGCGAUCUCGUGCCAAAUGACUCGGAUCUCCGCCUCCGAUCGCGUCAUCCAAUCCGAGGACAUAUCGAAAAUGGAAAGUACGCCCCUACGGGUCCGGACCGCACUACGGACCGUACGCGCACGUGACCAUC